UUCGGCGGCAACCGUUACUGGUUUACGGGUCUCUUGGCCUCGGUCGCGUUGAAAAUUCCCCAAAACGCUUUUUCUUCUUCUUUUCCCCGUCCUGUUUCCAAGAGACCUCCACAAAGUCUGUGGACAUCUCAGCAAAUUCCCUAAGAAGUGAUUUGUGCACAAGUUCUAGACCCGUUUUAUGAGAAAAGAGUGCUUUUGUGAGUAAAGUGGCACGCGGCAUUUUGCAAAAGAUCCUGAAAUUCACUAAAUUUUCCACCACAUUCCAAAUCUAAGUGGUGUCUAGCAACUUUUCUCCUCAUCCGUGGCAUUUUUCCUCACGCUUGAGGAAUAAGUAUCUUGUUUUUCUGCAAAAAAAAUCCACUGCUAGAUGGGCUAAAAGUGUAAAAAUCCAUGAUUCAGUGCAAAAGUGUGUGUGGUUGAGAAAAUGAAAAGGCAUCUCUCACACUGAUCAAGCAGCAAGAGAAUAAAGAGUGGAAGAGACGAACGUGUAUCCAAAACGCCCCAAAAGACAUUCAAUAUGGUGACUCAGGAGCAUAGCUAAAAACUUAGGAUUAGUCUAUGAAAAAACGUGAUUUCAUCUAAAUCACGGGGAUUUUUUCGCCUAAUCGAUGAUCCAUGUUUACGAGCAGUACUUUGUGCAUGACUAUCACAACUGGAUUACACGGCAAAAGUCGCUAAAAGUGCAGCUCGUAGUUGCAAACUUGAGGUUUUGCGCAACUCUUACCUGAGUUUUGCAAUUUGACGUGUUAUUCCAAAUGCUUAACAGGCAUUUACUGAGUGAUUGUCAUCGGCGCCGAGAGAGAUGUAGCCAAACUGUGUGCCAUAUUGAGGAGAAAUCGCAUUAAUUUGCAAAGACUGUCCACACCUCAAGUAGGGAGGAAAGUGAUCUUAUCUCGUGAAUAUUAGCUGUGACGCUGCGAAUCUCCGUUUGAGGAAAAAAGUGUGUUAAUUGGUAAAUUGUGAGGGGACAGACACUUUUCUACAAUGGGAAACUCCUCGUCGUCACAUCACGAACCACUGGAUAGAGGCGGUUUCACGAGAGGCACUUUUGGAGAUGCGAAAUCGGCCUCCAUUCGCCAGAGCAAGAAAUCUCCGCGGAAAAUGGAUCGUCUGCGACGAUCAUUUCGGGAUUCGUUUAGACGGCGAAAAGAACGUGUACCGGAAUCCUCGAAGCCUCACCAGUGGCAAGCUGAUGAGUCUGCUGUUAGAUCUGCAACAUGUUCUUUUCCCGUGAAAUAUCUUGGCUGUGUGGAAGUCUACGAGUCCCGAGGAAUGCAAGUGUGUGAGGAGGCGCUCAAGGUUUUAAGGCAGAACUCCAGGCGACGUCCUGUUCGAGGUUUACUGCAUGUGAGCGGAGAUGGACUUCGUGUGGUGGAUGACGAGACGAAGGGCCUAAUUGUGGAUCAGACAAUUGAGAAAGUGAGCUUUUGCGCCCCGGACAGGAACCACGAGAGGGGCUUCAGCUACAUUUGUCGCGAUGGCACAACCAGGCGCUGGAUGUGUCAUGGAUUUCUGGCCAGUAAGGAUUCUGGUGAGCGCUUGUCGCACGCUGUGGGAUGCGCCUUCGCAGUAUGCCUGGAAAGGAAACAGCGACGGGACAAGGAGUGCGGAGUGACAAUGACGUUCGACCUGAAGAACUCUACAUUUACACGCAGUGGCUCUUUCCGACAGCAGAGCUUGACUGAGCGUUUGGCGGAGAAUACAGCGCCAACAGCCACAGUAGCUCCACAGCCGAAGCCCUUCAAUCCGUUCGCUAUUGAGCGCCCUCACGCCACGCCGUCGAUGCUGGAGCGUCAGGGGAGUUUCCGUGGCUUUAGCGCUCUGGGCAAUGGAUCCCCAUUCAAACGGCAAAUGUCCCUUCGGAUUAAUGACCUUCCGUCCAAUGCGGAGCGCCAGCGCGCCUUUCUCGAUCUCGCUACGCCACAGUCACAAAGAUCCGUGUCACCCAUUCCAGAGGUGUCACCGCAGAGCAUGGGACUGGAUACUGUGAGUCAGCUGUGUCAGGAGAUGAGUCAAGAAUUGAGCUUCCUCGCUAAGAGCGAUGAUCUCGAUUUUCCCAAGACAGACACCAAAUCACCACCACUUAUGCUCAAUUCUGCUCCCACUAGUCCAACUGCGGCGCCUGUGGUGUCCAGCGGCUCCGCAGUGGCUUCGCCCACAUCACCCACUGCUUAUGUUCAGCCCACAACCAGUCGCCCGGCAGACAUCCCAGCAUCACCCACAAAAGUGCUGCCUAUUGAAACGGUUCAGCCACUUCCCAAUCCUGAUCAAUGGCUUGGUCAGGUGGCAAUAACUGCCUCUACUUCACCUAGACGACCACCACCACUCCAUGCACGCGCUAAAUCCCUCACUAGCAACACGGAUCCCUUCGAUGCCGAAUGGGUGGCACCGAUCGUGAAGACAGAUCAAGGACACAACACCAAUCCCUUUAUCUCACCGCCUAAGCCACCUGCGCAGUCAUUUCAGGUGCAGUUAUAGACUCCUCGCUUCGAUCCCACAAUAACAAAGUACUUAUCACACCGGGAGACCUCCACCGUGGGCGAAAACCCGAUAUUCCGAGUCAUAUCAGUAUCUAAAGUAGAUUCUUAGGGCAGAUUUGUGUAUAUAGAAUGAAGCAUUGAAAUAGCACAAUAUUCCAAACUUUUAGUGCACAAGAUAUCAAAGAGAAUAUGCGAUCAAGAUAUUCCGCAAAGCAUUAUACUUAACAGUAUAGAUUAACUUUCUUCCUUAUUGUCUGAAUUUACUCCAGUGCAAGUAAUUUUAUUUGGAAUUUAUUUUAUGAACGCUGGUGAAAAUUAAUGGAGAAAAUUAUUCAAUUCUAGAAUCAAUAAGAACAGGAUAUGCUUGAAUUAUGGGCUGAGCUUUUGUAAGUGCACAGCUUUCGAAAAAUGCAUCUGACAUCGGAGAUUAACAUAAUAUAUAUAAGGAUGUAACAAUUUCCUGUGAUUUUUGUCAUUUUCACGCUUUUCACAGUAGUUUCAUAGAGCCGUUAAAAAAGCCGUUUAAUAGAGUUUUAUCAAUUCUAACUGAUGGAAUCAUUUCCACUGCAAUUUGUUAUAAUAAUACGGGGAAAAUAGGAUCUUAAAUUGACUCUGGAUUUGUGGAAUCUGUAGAAUAAUGAAAUUUUCUCCAUUUUUAUUUACCAGUGUACAAUACAAAUUCUAAUAUAGGCAUUUUAGGGCAUUGUUUAUCGAUAACCAAGCUGAAAUGUUACGAAGGUGCAUAAGCAAGAAAGGGUGAAGCAAUAUUUUCCCCUUUGGCAAUCAAGCAAUUGUCAAAUUUAAACGCUGAAUGAUAAUGUGAAUCUGUUUCUUGAGCUAAAAAAAUUAGAAUGCAUUUAGUCAGAAACUGAGAAAGGGAGAGAGAGAGAAAGAGAGAGCCUAUGGAUAACUAGAGAAGCAUUCCAAGAUAUUACGCAAGAAAAAGUCUAAUUGUGGAGUAGAUCGUAAAUCUUAAGAUAAGAGUCACAAGAGAAGAAAUUUUGUACUUAAGUUGCAUAAUUGUGAUCUCUUAAUAGUGAAAUUCUUCUGUCUUUGUCACAUUUGUAUAUUUUGAGUUAUAAGAUUGAUUUUUAUUUUAGGUAUCAUCUUGAUUAAUGUGCAAUUAAUUGGAAUCGAGAUGUAUAAGAAAGAAAAAGCCCUUGAAAAUCACACAUCGCAUGAGAGUAUUUCACGAGAUGUAAAGGUGUAUUUGACUGCUGGUGGUUAGAAUACUUAAAGUAGAGGGAAUUAUUCCUAUCGGUCAAUCAGAAAAUUGAGUAAGAUACAAUUGAAGCAAUUUAAAAAAAAAUGUAGUGCUCUCAGCUUUUAGCUCUUAACAGCACUUGUAAUCAGCUUAUAGAGAUGUUUUCUUCUUUGCAUUAUUUUAAGUGGAACGAAAGAAUGACUUGAGAAGUACGACAUGAAAAGAUUGGAUUGUAUAAAUGAGAAGAGUUGUAUAUAAAUUAUAUAUACAUGAAAUAUUUAAAUAGAAUUUAUAUAUAUCUGCAUAUGGAUGAAAGGAUGUAAAGAUGUAUAUUUUAUAAUUAAUAUUGCUAGCUCAGUUUAGUCAUAAUGCAUUGUAUUAUAUUUCUUUUUUUACGUGGGACGAUGCGAAAAAUGUGAAUGAAAUAGGAAAACUCAACCACGAGAGAUGAAACUCACAUAAAUAGUAAGGUGGAUUAACGCUUUUCUGAUCUAUAGCUGCAAGUGUUUCUCCCAGAUAACAAGCCACUUCCAGUUAGCAAGUUUGCAGGUCUUAUGAAAUAAUUGCAAAGCAUAACAUCAAAAUCAGGAAACAUUUAUAAACAGAGAAGAGGAAAAGUGAAAUCAAAAGUACUUUAACAAUUCCUUGCGGAGGCAAGAGGAAAAACACUAUGCAUUUCUUUCUUUUGCCCUUUAUUGCCGUCUUUGACGAAGACGUGUGUGAAAAAUGGAAGUGUUGGGAAGAGAAAUAACAAGUUUGCGUACUAAUCGUGAUUUUACGUAAUUCUUCUGCCUUCGUAACUGUUUUAUUUGUCUAAUAAUUUCAGAAAUAAUGAAUACAACUUAGUAAUGUUAAUAUCUAAUUGGACGUAUGUUUAUGAAUUGAAGGAUGUGACGGGAUGUGUUGACAAGAAUGAAUAUACCUGCGUGUAUUCAUCAUGUGUAGUAGGGAAUAAAAAGCAGAUAAAAUAUACCUCUAUAAUAUAAUUGUUAAGUAUGUUGUUAAAAUAUAAAUUAUACAUUGAAAAAUGA